AUGGUGCAUACACCGCAUGGAGUUAAUUUUGACUCUUCAACUGGGAAGAAUGCGAGAACACUUGGGCACUCGGGGAAUAUUUGGACAAGAAGAGAAAAGGUAAAAAAGAAGACGAUUACGAAAGAGGACAAGUCAAACGGGCAGGAGGAGGGUAGAGCAAAAAUGGAAAGGGCUUUGGGACUGAUCGCAUCCUUUCGGGUGAAUUGGGGCACGGAACCUUCCUGUUUGGAAGUAAAGGCCGCCGCGAAAGCCUCCAACUGGGAAGAUGUAAACUUAAUUGUGCAAAAAGUUGCAUUUCCCUAA